AUGAGAACUUAUAAAUUGAUUUCAUUGCUAAUUCUUGUUUCCUCUGCUUUAUCUUGCACUAAUUUCUCUGAUUCCUUUACUUCUUGUGUAUAUACAUAUUGCUAAUAAGAUUUGAAUUGCUAUAAUUAAGCAAUAUGGUAGUUAGAAUGUGGAGUUAAUUAAUGUUAAACUAUUAAUGAUGCUACUUUAUGGUAUAACUGCUUUGUGUAAUCUUUUUCUUAAACAUGCUAUAUAAGCUACUAAAAUGCUAAUAAUGCUAGAGAAUUUUGCCUAGAUUCCUAUGAUUUCAGUCAAGAUUGCACAAAUAUAGAUUCUAGUCCUAGUCCUAGUCAUAGUUCUAGUUCUGGUGCAUAAUCAGGUACAAAUGUUGUUACAAUUACUACGGGCAGUAAUAUGCUUUUCAUGAGUUUAACUUUAAUGACAAUAUUAACCUUUUUAUUUGCUUGA